GUGUCCGCGGUUCUUUCCCCAGGACUCUCGGACAACGGGCGGGCGGCAGCGGGUCCGCCGCCCUCGCUUACGGGAUCCGUCCGGCUGGUCAGUGUGUCCGCGGUUCUUUCCCCAGGACUCUCGGACAACGGGCGGGCGGCAGCGGGUCCGCCGCCCUCGCUUACGGGAUCCGUCCGGCUGGUCAGUGUGUCCGCGGUUCUUUCCCCAGGACUCUCGGACAACGGGCGGGCGGCAGCGGGUCCGCCGCCCUCGCUUACGGGAUCCGUCCGGCUGGUGGGUUAUCAGAGCAUCCUUGAAACUAAGAUAGAUUACUAAGCUUGCUGGAACCCAAGCUGAAUGUGAAAACACAUCGUGUCAAGGAUACGUUCAGUGAUAAAAGGGCCUUUGGACUCAUUUAGAAUUGGUCAUCGGCUGAAAGUAUAAAUUUAUGCAAACCCCUUUAAGCAGUGAGACUGGCAAUGGCACAGCAUGAAAACCUGUCUGUGGUGCUCUAUGAAAAGAAUGAUCUGAGACUGGAAUAUCGACCAAUUCCAGAGCCAGAAUCUAAUGAAGUCUUGCUGAAGAUGCAUUCCGUUGGGAUUUGUGGCUCUGAUGUCCAUUAUUGGCAAAAUGGAAGAAUUGGAGAUAAUGUUGUGAGAAAACCUAUGGUACUCGGGCAUGAGGGCUCAGGAACAGUAUUUAAAGUGGGACCUGGAGUACACCAUCUCAAACCAGGUGACAGAGUUGCCAUUGAACCGGGGAUCCCCAGAGAAUAUGAUGAGCAUUGCAGAGCUGGGCGCUACAACCUCUCCCCAACAAUUUUCUUCUGUGCUACUCCACCUGAUAAUGGACACCUUUGUCAAUACCAUACACACAAUGCCAACUAUUGUUAUAAGCUCCCAGAAUCUCUGAGUUUUGAGGAAGGUGCAUUGAUUGAACCUCUUUCUGUUGCAAUUCAUGCCUGCCGCAGAGGAGGAAUAACAAUUGGUAGCAAAGUCUUAAUUUUAGGAGCAGGGACAAUUGGGAUUAUGAAUCUGCUUGUUUCUAAGGCCAUGGGAGCAUCUCAGGUUUUAAUCUGUGAUCUUUUAGAAAGUCGGUUGAAAAAGGCAAAGCAAAUGGGAGCUACGUUCACUAUUGCUGUUGAGAAAAACAUGAGCAGUAAGGAACUGAGCCAAAAAAUAAGAGAUGCAUUUGGUGGAGCUAUGGCUGACACGUCUAUUGAGUGCACUGGGGCAGAGUUAUGUAUCCAAGCAGGUAUCUAUGCAACUAAGUCUGGAGGGGUUUUGGUUCUGGUUGGUAUGGACAAACCUUCAGCAAACAUCCCUGUCUUAGAAGUGGGAAUUCGGGAAAUUGAUAUUCGGGGGGUUUUCAGAUAUUGCAACACGUGGCCGGUGGCAAUUGACAUGCUGGCUUCAAAGGCAAUAGAUGUGAAGCCUGUGGUCACACAUCGCUUUCUCUUGGAAGAAGCUGUCAAAGCUUUCGAAACAACAAAGAAAGGUGUGGGAAUAAAAGUUAUGCUUAAGUGUGAUUCCAGUAACGAGAAUCACUGAGAAUAUUUUUUUGUGUGCACGUGAUUUCAACUGUUAUCACAAGGUUGCAACCAAUGACAGAUUUGACUUUAGGUAAUCCAUUAAAAGGUAAUUUCCUGGAUAAUUUGUACAUACAAAUGAUCUUGUUAGUUGAUCCAGUUUUAAUUAUAUUUGGUUAACAAUCAUAUAAAAUACAUGCAAAGUAAAUCAGGGGUUUGUUACGAGGGAACAGGUUUGCUAAGUGAGACAAGACAAUGAUUAUGAAUAAGCACAUUAACCAUUUAUUUACAGACAAACAGUAAAACAUUCAGUACCACUUCAAGCUCAGCAGGUGCUCCAUUAAGUCUCCCCAAGUUACACAACUAUAAAACUAAACAUUCAACAAACAAACCUUAGCUAAUUGUGUACGUGGGCCUUCCUAUAUGUAUCUGCAGCAUGCCUUCCCAAUGUUUCUUCAGCACUGAUCAUGAUCUCAGUGUGAUGAUGAUACCCUGGAGACAAAGGAAAGCCAGUCAGUCUUUCACAUGUGCUAUUCUUGUACCACUGAGGCGCCUAAAUCUGGUCAGCAGUGCGCAGAAGCAGCUUUUGACCAACUCGUAAACUUACCUUUCAAAUUACAUGGUGUCAGUUACAAUGCUUAUGGCAUUUAUUAAGUGACAUACCAAAAUCCUUUUUCUUUAGCGACCCCUUAGGACAGGGGUGUCAAACUCAUUUUAGGUCACGGGUCAGAUUGAGCAAAAUGCAGCUUCAUGCGGGUCAGAUCAGUCGGACGCGUGUGAACGCAGCUUUCGUUGCCUCCGUUUUUUCAGCCUGCUCUCAUGUGUCUCAGUCUCUGCUAUAACUGCAAAGUGUUUCACUUUACAAAUUCCGUUUCUUAUGGAGAAGACUGCUCAAUAAACACUAAAAACCCUGAAAACCGGGUACCUGAAUAAACUCAGCAUUAGCCAUACCAUAGGCCAGGGGUCGGCAACCCGCGGCUCCGGAGCCGCAUGCGACUC